AAUAUUAAAGGGUGAGUUCCGUCAUCAUAUUUUACUAUGUUUAGACAUGGGUGUAAAAAAUAACUACUUUGCAUAUGCCUGUUUUUGGUGUUCUCUACUUGUGAAUAUAUUCUUGUCAUACAAUCUUCUUGUGGGUAAUAAAUGGAGCUUGAGUUGGAGCACUAAUGCUGCAGCAGAAGCAGAAGCCGUGGCCUCGAUUUCGUGUUCGGGCCACGGAAGAGCUUACUUGGAUGGUGUAGUUGUUGAUGGUAAACAAAUCUGCGAGUGCAAUACUUGUUAUGAUGGCCCUGAUUGCUCCAAUCAUGUUCUUGACUGUCCUGCCGAUGUUAACAGUGGGGAUCCCUUGUUUUUGGAGCCGUUUUGGAUGCAAAAUGCAGCUAGUAGUGCACUAGUGGUGUCAGGAUGGCAUCGAAUGAGCUAUUCAUUUGGUGACCAGACAGCUACCUCUAAAGAACUCGAGAAAAGCAUCCGUAAACUACAUUCUGUAAUUGGAAAUGCUGUCACAGAAGGCAGAUAUAUUGUUUUUGGUACCGGUUCUACCCAACUACUCAAUGCAGCAGUCCAUGCCCUCUCCCAAGAUAACUCAUCUACGCCUUCAAAAGUCGUCGUUUCAGUCCCUUUCUACCCGGCUUAUGAAGAGCAGACUGAAUUCUUUGCCACUGAGGAUUAUGAAUUUUAUGGAGAUACAUCACUGUACAGAAACAAUUCUGAUGACACUAUGGAUAUGAUUGAGUUUGUAACUUCACCUAACAAUCCUGAUGGAAAGUUAAAACGAGCUGUUCUUAAUGGUCCAUCUGCCAAGGCAAUUCAUGAUCAUGCCUACAACUGGCCACAUUAUACUGCGAUAACAUCUCCCUCAGACGAAGAUCUUAUGAUCUUUACACUUUCCAAGCUUACUGGUCAUGCGGGUGUUCGAUUUGGGUGGGCUUUGGUUAAAGAUAAGACUGUGUAUGAGAAAAUGCUAAUCUAUACAGGCGAAAAUACUUUUGGAGUCUCCAAGGACACUCAGCUGAGAGCCUUAAAGCUAUUAAAUGUAGUUCUUGAGGGAGAUGGGAGAUCUAUAUUUAAUUAUGCCUAUGAAAAGAUGAGAACCCGAUGGGAAAGCUUGAGCCAAACUGUAUCGUUGUCCAAACGCUUCACUCUCCAAGAAAUUCCACCCCGCUUCUGUACUUUCUUUAAGAAUGUCAGAGGACCUUCUCCAGCUUACGGAUGGCUGAAAUGUGAGAGGGAAGAAGAUGAACUAUGUUACAAAGUCCUCGAAGAUGGUGGCAUACUUGGUCGUGUUGGUACUAGAUUUGGUGCCAGCAGUCGAUAUGUUCGCCUUAGUCUCAUCAAAUCACAAGAUGAUUUUGAUCAAUUGCUGCAGCAUUUAAAAGUAUUAGUUCUCCAAGAAGCUGGUGGUACCAGGGCAGACAUCUAACCAUUUUUCCAUAUGUAAGGAGAUCUGUAUUCUCAUUUUUUAUUUAUACAUGUAUGUAAAAAUGUAUCAAAGGGAGAGAGAAUCAAAAAAAAAAGUUACAUUA